AUGCAACAGCCCAAGUCGCAGCCCAAGCCAGCAGCUCAAGUCGCAGCCCAAGUAUUCUUUUACCUGACGUUGCCACUCACGUACUUAUCGCAACGUCAGAACUACUGGACGCCGGUGGACUCGCAUGUCCUGCUGGGAGCAGCGUCCACAGCUUUUGUGCCUCAUGUUGACGCUCCAGUAGCUUGUGGGGUUGGUGCAGUUGUCAAUCGAUGUGAUGAGUACGCAUGCCCUACGAACCAGUACAAGAGACACCACAUCCAGCAGCUUCAACUGCCGACAGUUGACCACUUUUGGCCGUCACUUGAGGCAUUAACAGCAGCCGUUGCGUUUAUCCAGAUGCAGAAACAACGGGAGUCAGGACGAGUAUCUGAAUGGGAAAACGCCACGUGCGCAAAGUUGCUUUACUUGCAUCCAGAUGUCCGUGCGUUCUACCACAAGGUUUGGUCGUUGAAUGAAGGUGACAAGCAGGAUGAAGAUGGAGUGCUGCCAAGGAGAAAGAAAAAAGAUCCGGAUGCUGUCAAUCAGAAACCUCGCGUUGAGAACAAAAUUGUCGCUGAGUUGGCGCGCUCGCAGGCGUUUUACCAUGCAAAAGGCCUGGAACUCUUUGCCGUACCAUCUCAAUCUAUUGCAAAGCUUUACACUGCCAAUGUAGGACAUCUGAAAGGGGCAGCGCAAGUGAGGCACAAGCGAGCUAGAGGAUAUAGUAGAAAAUCUGGGCACUCGUACCUCUCGUGCUCUAUGCUGCGUUCCAACUGCAUCUGUUGCCCAAGCCAGCAGCCCAAGUCGCAGCCCAAGCCAGCAGCUCAAGUCGCAGCCCAAGUAUUCUUUUACCUGACGUUGCCACUCACGUACUUAUCGCAACGUCAGAACUACUGGACGCCGGUGGACUCGCAUGUCCUGCUGGAAGCAGCGUCCACAGCUUUUGUGCCUCAUGUUGACGCUCCAGUAGCUUGUGGGGCUGGUGCAGUUGUCAAUCGAUGUGAUGAGUACGCAUGCCCUACGAACCAGUACAAGAGACACCACAUCCAGCAGCUUCAACUGCCGACAGUUGACCACUUAUAUCCGUCACUUGAGGCAUUAACAGCAGCCGUUGCGUUUAUCCAGAUGCAGAAACAACGGGAGUCAGGACGAGUAUCUGAAUGGGAAAACGCCACGUGCGCAAAGUUGCUUUACUUGCAUCCAGAUGUCCGUGCGUUCUACCACAAGGUUUGGUCGUUGAAUGAAGGUGAAAAGCAGGAUGAAGAUGGAGUGCUGCCAAGGAGAAAGAAAAAAGAUCCGGAUGCUGUCAAUCAGAAACCUCGCGUUGAGAACGUCAAUGCGUUGCUGGAUAUCUACAUGGACCGAACCAGCAGAGCAAGGUGCAUGCUGGAGAGGCGGGGCAAAGAAAGGGGGUUCAAAGACGUGACGGGCGUCAUGGAAGGCGUGCAGUCGUACUUUUACCGAGCCGUAAGCUCCUGCUGUACCGCAUUGAGUGUCGACGGUACCAGGAGCUACGGCAGAAACAGACGGAGAGUGUGCCGAGUGUAG